AUGUGCAGGAAAGUGCGGAUAAGCGGAUGCGCAAAGCGUGGGAAAGCAGCACGGGUCCGAGCGUUACACCAGGCAGCAUUUGAGGAACUCGAUAGUGCCCUUACCAAAGAACAUUGCAUAGCCUGGAAGGCUGAGGUUGAAAUGUGGGAGGAUAACCAUAAUGAUGCAUGCAUACCAAAUCUAUUUGAGGCAAAAUCAGUUGGCUGGUGUGUGCCUGAAACUAAACAGCUGGAGGCACAGGAACUGGAAAAGGGUGUGGAUGUGUCACUGCACCCUGAGGUCUCACCAAGUGUCUUCAUUGGAUUGGGUCUGGAUUUAGAAAAGGAACAGCAGUGUGUAUUCAGGUUCAUCAAGACUCUUGGUAACCACAUUACAGAUACUCAAAAAGCCAACUUGCAACACCAGAGGAACACUUUGCAAUACAAGAUUGAAUCAUGGAGGAUGACACAAGUGCUCUACAUGCCUGUGGUGCAGGGGAUCCAGAACAUGGAGGAUGUGAAGCAUCUACUUCCUUCUGCUAUCAGUAAUCAUCCAUGCCACGACCACUUGUGA